UGAUGCGCGGGGGCGGGACACUCACUCCUGGGUCAUGUGAGCGUCAUCAGCCGCUCUGAGGGCCAGAGUGCAUCGGGGAACCCGGAGCGCCAUGUCACCGGCUGAGUGCUGCACCCUGCCGGGAUGAAGGAGUGGAAACUAACCGCAUGAGCUAGGCUGGGACCACCACGCGGACAGAUCGGUGACAAAAUGCUGCGUGUGCUGAUAUAACGGUGAGGAAUCCUGGUCGUUGCAUCACUCGCUGGUCCUGUGAUCGUCGUCCAUGUGAUGUGCUGCACGGAUCGUUUCAUGCACAGUGUGAAUCUCCUGCUUCUAUACUUGCUGUCUCCAAACAUCCUUGUAGUCGAACUGUCCACACAGCAGCCAUGACCACCAAAUCCGCCCUCCUGAAAGUGAUCCUCCUUGGAGACGGCGGCGUGGGUAAGUCAUCUCUCAUGAACCGCUACGUCACCAACAAGUUCGACUCGCACCUCUUCCACACCAUCGGCGUGGAGUUCCUCAACAAGGAGCUGGAGGUGGACGGUCAUCACGUCACCCUGCAGAUCUGGGACACAGCGGGUCAGGAGCGUUUCCGCAGCCUGCGCACGCCCUUCUACCGCGGCUCCGACUGCUGCCUGCUCACCUUCAGCGUGGACGACGGGCAGAGCUUCCAUAACCUGGCCAACUGGAAGAAGGAGUUUACGUACUACGCUGACGUGAAGGACCCGGACAACUUCCCCUUUGUGGUGCUCGGGAACAAACUGGACGUACCCGAGCGGCAGGUGUCAGGAGAGGAUGCGCGGAAGUGGUGCCGCGAGAACGGAGGACACCCGUACUUUGAGACGAGCGCCAAGGACGCUACAAACGUGGCAUCUGCCUUCGAGGAGGCGGUGCGUCGCAUCCUGGCGCUGGACGACAGAGCUGAUCACCUGAUCCACACCGACACUGUGGACCUGCAGAGGAAGACCCCGCCUGACCCCACCUGCUGCUGAGCUCACAGAUGAGUGUGACUCCCGGCGGGUGCUCAUGUGAUGUUAACAGACUGUGUGUGUCUGAGGUGCCGCAGAAAGAGGAAGUGGUGGUUUAUCAGAUGAUGGUGUGUGAUCCCCUUAGAGGAACUUUCCACUAGGAUCAGACUGUAGAUGAAGGAAACACGUUCUUAUAGUUUGGACCCAAACUAAGAGUGCUUGUGUUGAAAUGUCGCCUCACAGGGACCAAAACUUUCCACUCCUCAGUUCUGAUCCAAACUGCAUUUCUGAGGUGUAUUUUUAAUUUAUACAAAGAAUGAAUGCACAUUUAGGAUCACAAAGAUCUGCCUGAUUUACUGAUCCCACUGUGGUCACCGACAAACCUUAAGUGUAUUAGAAACAGAGCGACAGCACUCUAAACACGGUGUAUUAAACCUGCCAAAGAUUUGACGUCACACAUGCAGCCGUGGCUUUUAGUGUCAGCCCACACAAAGAGAAGUCCUGUGAUUAUUUUCUGCCUCUGUAAGCAGAUUCAGCUCUCAGUAUGAAGCACGAGAGUGAAGCUUCUUCAUCAAACAACACAGUAAAGACAGUAUGAACUAAACAGCUAGACUGACUCCAGGUGUUCUAAUACACAUACUACCUUAGAGAAACCACUACAUCUGAGCUAGUUCAGAGAAACACUUGCAGCUAUAAUUGGUUUAGACAAAUUGUAGAGAAGACUGGAAGUAAAUGAAAAAGAUGCAUUAGUUUGGUGCAGUCUUAAUCACAUGAUUUGAAGGAUUUAAACAUUUUAAAGUAGAUUUUUAGAACAAAAGAAGCUAUUUUCUGCUCUUUUGAAGUUAUUUCUAAAUUUGUUAAACAAAUGAAUUGAAGAUUGGUUAAAACAGAGAUGCCAUGAUUAUAUUUUGUAAUGUGGACAGCUGUUGAAGUUGUUGGUUAUUAGCUGCAGGUAUUUAAGUAUUUAUUAAUCAAACCCCGAACACUGCUGAGACUCUAACGUUAAAAUAACUCUGAGGCUUUUAUGAUCUUUGUAAGCCUUGCCUUGACUCCUAUCAUUCUCACACUGGAAAUAAAACAUCUCCCAACAAUGA